CACCGAUUUCGUUCAUUCGUUUUUUGUCUAAAACCUAUAGUCUGUGUUUAAAAAUGACGUUUUAUGUCAAUUUGACGUCUCUUGAAUUUGUUAUUUUGGAUGUUGGCGGGUUUCCGUCAUAAGUUACUGUUUUGCACAAAGAAUAUACUACUCCCUUACGAGGUUUUGCAAAAUGGAAAAUAAUAAGAAGUUGUAAGUAAAUUAUUUUGAUGAUAUGGAUAUUAUUAAGUGUACCUACUUAAUAUGGAGUCAAACAUGAAUUAAUAAAACCGAAGCAACAAGGCGCAAAUUUUAUAUUAGUGCCAAUAUAUGGCGCGGCACCCCGGGUUCGCCGCUGGGGAUUAUAGGACGCCUUUAGGGGCGGCCACUAAUAAUUCCCAGUGGGAAACCUUAAAAGGAGAACUGGACGAGCUUGGCCCACAGAGGUCGGUGGAGCAAUGGAAAAUUUGCUGGCGAGACCAGAAGCGGAAGGCCCGAGAUGAGGGUGCGGCCUUAAACAAGGCCAAAAAUGCCACCGGCAAUUGUGUGGAGAUGCCUUCAAUCUCCGACAACGCAGUGCAUGUUUUGCAUGCAAUUAGCCAGGAGAUGGCAGUGGGUUGUGGUCCUGAGGAGUCACCAAUUGGUGUAAGAAAUAUACAUAUAUCAUGAUCAACCCCAUCGUCAGUCCACUACUGAGUCUCUCAGUAGAUUGAGAAGGGUCUAGACUCUAGGCCAUAUUCCACCACGC